AUGGCACGCGAUGCACAAGGACAUGUCAUCCGUGACAGGAGUCAAGAUCAAGGACAAGAAACCCAAUCUACUACAAGCAAUGAGGACUGCUUAGAAAGCCACACCUACAAUAGAAGGGAAACACUACUCGAGGAUCCAGAACACCAAGCUACUCUUCGCAUUUGGGAGCUUAAAGACCUCUCAGUUGUCAGCAUCUGGAGCCAAGCCCAGAGAGAGGCUGCGCUUCAAAUCCAAAAGCAGAUGAUGGAGGAUUAUGAUCAUCUACAAGAGGUUAUCCAAGCUCAUGAGCAGACAAUGGCAGGACAAGCUGCUGUUGUGAAAUAUCUUGAAAAUGAGAAGUCAAAAAGCAGCACUACUCGCAAUAGAGAAUCACACCAGAAAUCCACCAAGAUCCCAGACCCUCCUACUCUUACAGAGGGAAUAGAGCCAGCUUAUGAUGAUUGGAGUAUUAAGAUAAAGAUGAAGCUUGAGGCGAACCUUGACCAUUUUCCUACUCCAGCCCUUCAGAUGGGUUAUGUGCAAAGCAGACUAGGUGGCAAAGCCUCCUCUCACAUCAAUCCACGCCUUCGAUCUACUCAGAACAAGUUUCAAACUGUAGAGGAAAUGUUUGAAGUCCUAGACAGAGUCUUCAAGUUUCAGAGACUCACUGUUGAACUGGAUUACUCAGAAGAGACCCUCAUUGAUGACCUCUGCCAUAAGGUUAAUACGAAGAUGCAGACUGCUUUAAUAGCAGAGAUAAAUCCAAGCUCUCUUCAUGCCUUUGCACAAAAGUGCUUACUGAUUGAUCAGAAUAUCCAGCAACUUCAAAUCCAAGACGCUCGCACUGUCCCUCGAGUUAUUCAGCAAGCCUUUAAGCCACAAGACUUUCACAGUAAGGAUAAGCAGCCUACUACAAACCCACCUGCUAGCUUUAGACCACCAAGACUAUACCGUGCACCACAUCAGAACCCUGCAACUGAGAAGCUAAUGCAGGAAGGCCGCUGCUUUCAUUGCCAGCAAACUGGACACCGAGCUUAUGAAUGUCCUACCAAGAAUGCUCAAGUCCACGAAGUUAGCACUUAUGAUGCUCCACUUUCGGGAAAAGAAUAA